CUAAACCCUAGGGUUUAGGAAAUCCUCUCUUUCAUACAAAGCCCACAUUUCUUCUUCAAUUCCGCAUCUAUAUAUGUAUUUCCCAUCUGCUAUAUCACAAAAAUCAUGAACCUAUCGACCUCAACAGCCCUAAUUCCCACUGCCCAACAUGGUUGGUUUCUUGCAUAGUUCCGCUGUUGAAGGAGCGAAAGCAGAGGAGAACGAAGACGUCACUAAGAGAGCAACCGACCUACUCUUUCCGGAGCUGGACGAUUUCCCUUCUUCGUUUUCUGAUUCGUUUCUCGAUUUUGAUGCCAUCAACGGUUGGUUCACGGAAGGCCCCGGUGCGGAUAUGGCUUAUUUGAGAGGUGAAUUAGUUGAUGUUGAGAAGGAAUUCGAUGUUUUGGGAGAUGAAAUAGUUGAUAUUAAGAAGGAAUUUGAUGUUUUGGGAGAUGAAAUUUGUCGAGAGGGUGUAAAGGCGGAACCUUUGUCGGGUUUAUGGCUGGAAGAUGGGGAAAUUGGGGGUGUUGUUGAGAAGUGUGUUGAAAAGGGUAGUGAGGGAGUUGGAGGUGAUGGAUGUGAGAGGAAAUUGGGGGAUUUAGGGUGUUUGAUUGAGGAGCAGCUUGGGAAAGUGAGCUUAGAUGGUGCAGUAGAAAAUCUAAGUGUUCCAGUUGUUGCUUCACUGAAAUGUGAGAAUAAUGGAAGUGAAGAAACUGCGGCUGAUGACAAGUCGAAGAGUGUGAAGAUGGGGAUUGGUAGUUGUGGUAGUAUGAAGAGUGAUGGUGAUGUGCUAGGAGUUAGUGGGAAUGAUAAUAAAGUUGAUGAGAGUGUGGAUGAUGGAGAUGGGAGUGGGAGCACGUCGGAUUCAUCAUCCUCAUCGUCUAGUAGUGGUGAGGAUGAGGAUGAUGGUAAAAAGAAAGGCAAGAAUGGAGAUAGUAGUGGUGAUGCAGAGACUGAGAUGGAGGAUGGUGAGAUUGUGAUGUCGGAGCUAGAAGAGAUGGUUUCAUGGAGUGACAUUGAAGAUGAGGAUGGUGGUGGAGGCGGACCAAUCAAAUCUAAGAAUGAGCUUGAGGAUCUGCCUCCAGUUCCUUCUGUUAAUGUGACCUUGGAACCACAUCAUGAAACCCUUCCAGUUGGAACUGUUUUGUCGAUGAUUGGCGCCCAAGUGAUUGUGGAAGGAGUUGAGAAACACGAUCCUCUCAACGAGGGCUCAAUUCUUUGGAUUACUGAGAGCAGAUCACCGCUGGGGAUUAUCGAUGAAAUCUUUGGGCCCGUCAAGAACCCUUUCUACAUUGUGAGAUACAACUCCGAGGAGGAAGUCCCCACAGGGAUCCAGCAAGGCACCUUGAUCUCGUUGUCGCAGAGUUUGCAGAUCAUGUACUCAAUAACAAUAAUCUCUACCAGAAAGGGUAUGAUGCAUCUAAUGAGAACGAUGAAGAGCUGUCUGAGGAUGGUGAAUUUUCAGAUGACGAGAAAGAGGCUGAGUACAGGAGAAUGAUGAAGAUGAAGAAAAGGGGUGCGAAUGAUUACAAGCCCAAUAACAAGAGGAAGGAGAAACGACAGCAGAAGAAUCAGAGAAGGAGCUGGAACAAUAACAAUUCUACUGCACAAACUCCUCCAGGUGGCGAAGACCAACGUUUCGCUCCUCGUGUUGGAACACCGUCAAACCAAGACAGUCAUCACCAAGGCUCAGGCUCUAGACAGGGUUCUGUUGGUGAUCAAGGCGUGAUUCCUCCUUCGUUCCCACAUAGGCCUCAAGCACAAGCAUUUCCUCCUCCGAAUGGAAGUUGGAACAAUGGGUUUCCACAACAUCAGCAGCUAAAUGCAAACCUUCUUGCUGGACUCCCACCAAACGGCAUGCUGUGGAUGCAGCAAAACCUACCGUACCUGUACCCGACUGGUGCACCAUUUCAACAGCAAAUCGGUAUGAUACCAGGAAUGCCACCAAACUUCAAUCCAAUGGCUGGACUACCAAAUAUUGGUGGGAUAAUUCCACCUUGGCCUAUGGAUCAGAACACAUCGCAGUUUGCAGUGCAGGGCCGGCAAGGUCCACCACAGCCUCAGUUUGGAGCGCAGGGCCAGCAAGGUCCACCACGGCCUCAGUUUGGAGCGCAGGGCCAGCAAGGUCCACAACAGCCUCAGUUUGGAGCGCAGGGCCAGCAAGGUCCCCCACGGCCUCAGUUUGGAGUGCAGGGCCACCAAGGUCCACCGCCGCUGCCUCUGAAUGGUGCUGGAGAGCAAGCAGUUCAGCCUCAGGUUUCUUCAGAUGGUCAGCCACAGCCUCAAGCCAUGAGUUUCAAUGGAAGCCGUGGUGGUGGCCGUCGUAGCGGCCCUCAUGGUGGAAGAGGGAAUCACAGAGGCCGUGGGCGUUAUGGUGGUGGCAGGCAUUCUUGAGCCAUUCUAUAGAAAAAUAGAUCCCAAUUUUUCUGCCAAAGUUUUGUUCUUCCCUUUUCAAAACAUUAUUUUCUUGUAGUUACAACUUACAUGUAUCUAAUAUUUAAUCAUGUUUUUAUGUUGACUUUUU